AAGUACAUAUUUUGUAAAAUUGUUAUUACAAGAAAUCCUCAAAAUUCUUUAGCCUCUUUUCUUUCGCAAAAUUUUCUUCAAAAUCAAGUGAAAAAAACUGAAAAAAAAUCCAAGAAAAUUUCAGGGUUUUACACCCUUUACGAUUGUUGAUCAUUAUCCACAAUGAGUCUUACGGAAUUCGCUAUGGUAGAGGAACUGGCCUUUCUUAUCAAAGAUAAUCUUCCUUGCAAGCAUCUUAUCCUAUCUAUGGAGGAGACCCUAGUCAAUUUCCUUCUCGAUGAUACCAGUUCUGAUGGAAUCUUGGAGCUUGAACCAACAAAUCCAUAUAACCGCCUUCUCUUACAUCGUCUGGCUGAUAUUUUUGGGUUUUCUCAUCAAUCAGUUGGUGAAGGGGAAGAACGGCACUUGGUCUUGGAGCGUUGCUCAGAUACAUCAAUACCUUCCAUUCUCAUUACUGAUCUCCUUUGGCAGUAUGACGAACUCCAAUCUCCAAGGACUGUAGAUGUGAUAUAUAGAAGAAAAGAAAGUUCAGAAGGGUCAAAGGUAGAAGACACACCAAUACCAAUCAUUAACCUUUCGCUUGAGGAGAGGGAAGAAGCUUAUAUGGCUGCCCGGAAACGGAUUUUUUCUGUUGAUCAAGGCGAGACUAGACAAUGUAUGAAGGAUAGACCUCAAAAAGAUCCUACGGUUGCUCGUCGUAUGAUUGCACAUGCACUUGGCCAAAGAACCAGGCCAGCUAACCUAGAGAUCCAACAUGCAAAUGCUGAGCAGUGUGAAGAACAAUCCAAGGAUGUAAAUAUCCCGUAUAAGGAAGAAGGACUGACAAAUUUGGGCAAGCAGACUUGUACAGAGGUUAAAACUCCCCCUACAAAAUAUCCAGGUUCAGGUGGUAAGCCCAAAAACAACACAUCAAAUGGCAGUAGAUCACCACAUAUGAAGAAGAACACACCUAAAAACAUCGAUGGAACAGGUUCAUCGACACCAGUGAAAACAGACGUGAAGGUUCACAAAGAUAGUAUUCGUGAAGAACAUAUUGGUGCUGCUAAGAGAAUAUUUGCCAAUGCUCUAGGAUUUGCAAGAGAAGGGAAUCUGAAAUAAGGAACAUAAUGUAUUCUUCUUGAAAUGCUUGAAGACUAGCCCAGCCACACACAACCAUAGAAGUAAACGAAUGAUCUCGAGCACUUUAUGAUUCUCUUGUGAAAUCUGUGCCCACGAGGAAACUGAACGGUUGUAAUUUUGUACCAGCCCUUUGAUAGCUGCAUCGUAUAAGUACAGCAAGGAACUGUUGGAAUAUAGAAUUGAAAGCUACUGAAUCCAAGUUAUCGACAAGCUUGAGGUUGUAAAGUUUGUCACACUGGCCUAGUUUGUCUGCAUCAUCCUCUGUAGCCAGGGGCGGAGCUACUGUAACCCACUGGCUUUUCCGUAUAUUCAUAUUAAAAUAUCAAAUAAAACGUAGAUAUAAAUUUCUUGCGAA